AGGAUGGGGUCCAGUCCUCCUAGGAUAAAUUAAAAAAAGAAAAAUAAAAAGGUGAAGAAGUCACCUCCCCCCUACGCACACACACGAUUUAAUGACACUCAUGCCUCUCACAUUUGCCUCCUCCGUUGCCGUUGCUGCUGCUGCAACCGUAACUUCCUCCCCUAGGUUUUUGCUCGUUUCUCUUCACGGCUUCAAGAAGCUUCCUCUUCGUUGUGCCCUCAGUGUCAGAGCCAUGUCAGAGCUUGUUCAGGAUAAGGAAUCAGUCGUCGCUGCUACCACUUCUUCUUUCAGUAAUACGACGCCGUCUGAGCUCAACCAUUCCCGUACCUUCUUGGAUGCACGAACUGAAGAAGAUCUUAUCUCUGGUUUAAGGAAGGAAAUUGAAGCUGGAAGAUUGCCUCCCAAUGUUGCUUCAGGGAUGGAAGAGUUAUUCUGCAACUACAAAAAUGCAGUGUUGAGUAGUGGAGCUCCCAGGGCAGCUCACACUGUUCUAUCCAACAUGUCUGUUGCUUUUGAUCGCAUGCUUCUUGGUGUCGAGCAUCCUUUUACUUUCAAUCCUUAUCAUAAAGCUAUCAGAGAACCAUUUGACUACUACCAGUUUGUUCAUACAUACAUCCGUCCCCUCAUUGAUUUCAAGUAAGAUCUGACAUUAUUCAGCUAUCAUAAAGCUAUCAGAGAACCAUUUGACUACUACCAGUUUGGACACAAUAUUGUGCUAAUAUCAAAUCAUCAAAGUGAAGCUGAUCCAGCUGUCAUUUCACUCUUACUUGAAGCACAAUGUCCAUACAUUGGAGAGAACAUCAAAUGUGUGGCUGGUGAUAGAGUCAUCACUGAUCCUCUAUGUAAGCCGUUCAGCAAGGGAAGGAAUCUCAUAUGUGUUUACUCGAAAAAGCACAUGAACGAUGAUCCUGAGCUUGUUGAUAUGAAAAGAAAAGCAAACACACGAAGCUUAAAGGAGAUGGCUACACUGCUAAGGUCUGGCUCUCAACUUAUAUGGAUUGCACCAAGCGGUGGAAGGGACCGCCCGGAUCCUUCUACUGGAGAAUGGUUUCCUGCACCCUUUGAUCCUUCGUCGGUGGACAACAUGAGAAGACUGGUUGAACAUUCUGGUGCUCCUGGACACAUCUAUCCAAUGUCUUUGCUUUGCUAUGACAUCAUGCCUCCUCCACCCAAAGUUGAGAAAGAAAUUGGGGAGAAAAGAUUAGUUGGGUUUCAUGGUACCGGACUAUCAAUAGCUCCUGAGAUCAGUUUCUCAGAUGUCACGGCAGACUGCAACAACCCUAACGAGGCGAAAGAAGCAUACAACCAAGCUAUGCACAAGUCGGUCAAUGAACAAUACAAGACUCUAAACUCUGCAAUCAAUCACGGAAGAGGAAUAGAAGCAUCAACUUCCACGGUGUCCUUGUCACAACCCUGGAAUUAGUCUCUCAGUUUUUAGGGUUAACCCAUAAACCUUUUUGUCUCAACAAGUUUGUAAUUGUAUAUAAGAAAAAAACCCACACAAGAACAAGAUCGUUCCUAUAUCUGCAGGAUGCACAAUCUAUGGAAACAUAUUCUCCCACGCCAUCUUCAAAAAUUAUAUUCCAAAGCCUGUCAUCCCAGAAACAAAGAAACAGGUACACUUUUGCAUACUCUUGCUAGGCUUAUGCGAUAUGAUUUUUUUUUUCCAUUUCAGAUUUGUGGGCUUUACAGUGAUCAAAACAAACUAAAACUUGUUUUCUUGUAUUUUUAUUUUUUGUUUUUAAAUAUAUAUAUAUGAAUCCGCCACUAAAUCAAAUAAAUUUAUUUAUAUUCUCAGUUAA